ACAUGUAUCGGCCAUCUAUUGGAUUUUUGUUACAUUUAUUUAGGAAAUCUGUUUUAUUCACAAUUUCUAUGAUGAGCCUUGUCGCAACCAGGUGGCACGACACGACAAUGUUUAGUACAACCACUUGGCCAACCUUAACAUACGAAAUCUCAUAUCCAGUUCUGCAAAAUGUCCCGGACCCAAUUCGCCUCUAUCUAAAAGCAUUGAGUGAGCAGCCCCUGGGACUGGCCUCAGGUACUUUAAAAAUAAAUUAAGUUGUUUUGACCUUUUGAAUUGAAUAAAAAUAUUUGGAAACUAAUGUUGGAAAAAAUGUCGUAUCAAGGAUCACCCUUUUCGGUUGUCUACGGACCAGAUGAUUACGAUCUUGAUGAUGACAAUGAGCAUUAUAUGGAUGAUGAUCGAAAUGUUGAUGAUCCAGAUGAAAGCGAUGAAGAUACUGAAGAAGCAAGUGAACCUGAAAUGGGAAAAUCUGAGGAGAUGACAGAAAUCAAAGAACAGGUUUAUCAAGAUAAAUUAGGAAGUUUGAAAAAACAACUUCAACAAUUAAAUGAUGGAAGCCAUCCAGAGUUUAUACGUAAGUUAAAACGUUUGGAGUCUCAAUAUCAAGAAAGAAUACGUUUAAAUAUUAUUCACCGUGAAUAUCUUAUUGAGUGGGCGGAAAGGGAUUAUGUAGCUGAAAAAAAAGCUGCUUGCAAAGAAUUUGAAGACAAAAAAAUAGACCUCAAAGAAAAUUUAUUGACUGAUAUGGAGGAAAAGAAAAAAAUGAUUGAAUCUGAUCGACAAACAAUGGAACUAACCGGUGAUUCUACAGAGAUAAAACCAGUGAUGACAAGAAAAUUACGUCGAAGACCAAAUGAUCCAGUUCCAGAAAAAGUUGAGAAACGUCGUAAACCACCUCCAGCUCAAUUGAAUUAUUUGCUUGAUGAAAAAGAAAUAGAAAAUGAUCUCAAAGCAAUAAGCCGAGGAAAAGUAACUCCAACAGUCCGAAAACAAGUGGUAAUACCACACUUCAUCAAUCCUGUAAAUAUUUCUACUUCUCAUGUACCACCUUCUACAGAAGCAAAUUUAGUUGAAACGCGAAUUGAAGAUGGAAAACUUUGGUAUGAAAGAAGAUGGUACCACAGAGGACAACCAGUUUACGUUGAGGGUAUGGAAAUGUCAAGGUUCGGUGCAAAUAUAGCAGCCAUUGGAACAGAAGUCAUUUGGGUUAAGAAAGUAUCUGAUGGUACCAAAGUGCGUAUUUGUAUAUCACAAUUAAGCCGUGGAAGAGUAUCAUUAAAACGCCGGGCAUCUUAACAGUCACAGCCGCGGAUCGUCCUCAGACUGGCAAGAUCCCGUGGCUCAUCCUCGAGCGGUACAUCGUCAGAUUUUUAUUUACGUCUUCCAUCGACGUGUGAUGAUGCUUCAACUUAACAACACUUGUUUUUUGCCACCAAUAAAACCAUACUCGUUGAUGAUAUUGCA